AGUCAGUGCUCUAAAAUGAGUCUCUCUGGGGAACAUGACACCAAAACUAAGAGACCAAUCAAGCAGGAGAGACCAGCCUCCCCUGUUCCCAGCUGUGUGUCCAUGAAGAGUGACCAGUCUAUGAUUCUACCUAUAAACUUUAGAGAGGGAGACUUUUCUACUGAACAAAGAAACCAACAGGAGAGAUCAGAGUCAGAGAUUCUCAGUGGUCAGUCUUCCCAGAGUCAUCAAACAGACCUGGACUCCAUAUUCAGUUUGCUUGAAGAGAAUAUUGUGACAUUCGUGAAGAACGAGAUUAAGAUGUUCAAGAGGAUUCUUAGUCCAGAACUCCCAGAAGGCUUUGAGAGUCAGAAGCAGGAUAAGGAAGUGGUGGAUGCUGAAGAUGAGAAGCAGGAGAGCAGUGCCAGAGAGGGGGCUCUGAAGAUCACACUGCACAUCCUGAGGAAAAUGAACCAGAAGGAGCUUGCUGACACACUGGAGAAAUAUGAGCUUGCUGUGAUUUGCCAACGUGAACUCAAAUCUAAUCUAAAGAAGAAGUUUCAAUGUGUAUUUGAGGGGAUCGCUAAACAAGGAAACCCAACACUUCUCAAUAAGAUCUACACAGAGCUCUACAUCACAGAGGGUGGAACAGGAGAGGUCAAUAAUGAACAUGAGCUGAGACAGAUUGAGACAACAACCAGGAAACAAGCAAGACCAGAGACUGCAAUCAAAUGUAACGACAUCUUCAAACCCUUAACUGGACAAGACAAACCUAUCAGAACUGUGCUGACAAAGGGAGUCGCUGGCAUUGGAAAAACAGUCUCUGUGCAGAAGUUCAUUCUGGACUGGGCUGAAGGAAAAGCAAAUCAGGAUGUCCAAUUUGUAUUUUCAUUCCCUUUCCGGGAGCUGAAUUUGAUGAAAGGGGACAAACACACUUUGAUUGAACUUCUCAAUCACUUCUCAAUGGAAACCAAACAAUCAAGAAUCUCCAACUACAACAAGUACAAAGUUCUGUUCAUCUUUGAUGGUCUGGAUGAGUGCCGACUGCCCCUAGACUUCCAGAAGAACAAGAUCUGUUGGGACGUCACAGAGUCAACCUCAGUGGAUGUUCUGCUGACAAAUCUCAUCAAGGGAUAUCUGCUUCCCUCUGCUCUCCUCUGGAUAACUACCCGACCUGCAGCAGCCAAUAAGAUCCCUUCAGGGUGUGUUGACCAGGUGACAGAGGUACGAGGGUUCAAUGACCCACAGAAGGAGGAGUACUUCAGGAAGAGAUUCAGUGAUGAGGACCUGGCCAGCAGAAUCAUCUCACACAUAAAGACAUCAAGGAGCCUCCACAUCAUGUGCCACAUUCCAGUCUUCUGUUGGAUUUCUGCAACAGUCCUUGAACACAUGCUGAAACAUAAGAGAGAAGAGAUGCCCAAGACUCUGACUGAGAUGUACACACACCUUGUGGAGUUUCAUACCAAACAGAAGAAUGAAAAGUAUCUUGGGAAAGAAGAGACAGGUCCACACUGGAAUAAAGAGAGCAUUCUGUCACUGGGAAAACUGGCUUUUCAACAGCUUGUGAAGGGCAAUCUGAUUUUCUAUGAAGAAGACCUGAAAGAGUCUGGCAUUGAUGUCAAUGAAGCCUCAGUGUACUCAGGAUUGUGCACACAGCUCUUUAAAGAGGAAUGUGGGCUGUACCAGGACAAGGUGUACUGCUUUGUUCAUCUGAGCAUUCAGGAGUUUCUGGCUGCUGUAUAUGUGUUCCUCUCAUUCAUCAACAACAAUGAGAAUCUAAUGGCCGAACCGCAAACAAAGUCCAGCAUCUUUGCUUCGCUGUUCAGAGACAAGCCUGAAGUUACUUUCUACAAGAGUGCUGUGGAUAAAGCCUUACAAAGUGAGACAGGAAACUUGGACCUUUUCCUCCGCUUCCUUCUGGGCCUCUCACUGGAGUCCAAUCAGAAGCACUUACGAGGUCUACUGACAAAGACAAGAAGCAGCUCACAGAGCCACGAAGAAACAGUCAAGUACAUCAAGGAGAAGAUCAGGGAGAAUCCCUCUCCAGAGAGGAGCAUCAAUCUGUUCCACUGUCUGAAUGAACUGAAUGACCAUUCUCUAGUGGAGGAGAUCCAAAGCUACCUGAGAUCAGGAAGUCUCUCAAAACCCAAACUGUCACCUGCACAGUGGUCAGCUCUGGUCUUUGUGUUGCUGACUUCAGAAAAGGAGCUGGAUGUGUUUGACCUGAAGAAAUACUCCAGAUCAGAGGAAGGUCUUCUGAGGCUGCUGCCAGUGGUCAAAGCCUCCAGAGCUGUUCUGCUGUCAGGCUGUGGAGUCACAGAGGAAGGCUGUGCUUCUCUGGUCUCAGCUCUGGAGUCAAACCCCUCACACCUGAGAGAGCUGGAUCUGAGUAACAAUGACCUGAAGGAUUCAGGAGUGAAGCUGCUCUCUGCUGGACUGGGGAAUCCCCACUGUAAACUGGAGACUCUGAGGCUGUCAGGCUGUCUAGUCACAGAGGAAGGCUGUGCUUCUCUGGUCUCAGCUCUGGAGUCAAACCCCUCACACCUGAGAGAGCUGGACCUGAGUAACAAUGACCUGAAGGAUUCAGGAGUGAAGCUGCUCUCUGCUGGACUGGGGAAUCCCCACUGUAAACUGGAGACUCUGAGGCUGUCAGGCUGUUUAGUCACAGAGGAAGGCUGUACUUCUCUGGUCUCAGCUCUGAGGUCAAACCCCUCACACCUGAGAGAGCUGGAUCUGAGCUACAAUUACCCAGGAGACUCAGGAGUCAGACUGCUCUCUGAUGGACUGGAGGAUCCACACUGCAGACUGGAGAAACUCAAUGUGGAACAUGGUGGAGAGAACAGAAUGAAACCUGGGCCUAGAAAAUAUGUCUGUGAUCUCACACUGGACCUAAACACAGUAAACAGACUCCUCUCUCUGUCUGAGGAGAACAGAAAGGUGACAUGUAGGAGAGAGGAGCAGCCGUAUCCUGAUCACCCAGAGAGAUUUGAGGGCUGUGAACAGGUGCUGUGUAGAGAGGGUCUGACUGGGCGCUGUUACUGGGAGGUAGAGUGGAGGGGGAUAAUGGGGGCUAUUAUAGGAGUGACAUAUAAAGGAAUCAGUAGGAGAGGAAGGGGUGAUGACUGUUAUCUUGGAUACAAUGACAUGUCCUGGAGUCUGUUCUGCACUGACAACCGUUACACUGCCUGGCACAAUAAUAAUCGGACUACCAUAGACGUCCCCUCCUCCAGAUCCCACAGAGUAGGAGUGUAUCUGGACUGGCCAGCCGGCACUCUGUCCUUCUAUAGAGCCUCCUCUGACACACUGACCCACCUGAUCACAUUCACCUCCACAUUCACUGAGUCCCUCUAUCCAGGGUUUGGGGUUUGGUUUAAUGAUGGUGACUCAGUGUCUCUCUGUCAGUGAUACACACACAGAACAAACACAC